AAUGUUUUUAUUUACUACGGCUUGUGUUGAGCAUCAAUGGACAAUAUUUUAAGAGUACUUAUUCCAAAGGUUCUAAGUUACAUUCAGCUCGCAGUGAGAAAUCGAGGUUAAAGUUCCGUGGACCUAAACCAAAUCCAUGUUUGAAAUGUGUUUUGAUGGAACAAUUUGUUUUUAAACUAUUUUUUUUUUUCUUUUUUGUAACUUUAUUUGUACAAUAUGCAUUUAUUGCAAUUUAAAUAGCUUCCUUGGCCUGAUUCAAAGUCUGUAUUAACAGGUUAUCGUGCUUAAUAAAAUUACAAAUUUAAUAUAGUCUAAGGGCUAUAAUUUUUAGGUAAAUAAUACAGAAUAAUAUCAAAUGUUCAGUGCUAAUAAAGUUUUUAAUCCCUUUGCGUCAUUUUGAAACUUAUAAGACCUUUUACAUAGGUCUUUGUGUCGGGCCCAAGAAUCAUUCAACGCUACAAAUAAAGCUUUUUUCAGCAAAAGUAUGUAUAUUAAAUUUUUUCAAGGUUUUAGACAAAAUGAGUACCGGUCUACUAAUAUUUUCUAUUGCUAUCGAAAAUUUUUGCACUGGAUUUAAAAAAAGGCAUGAAGAAAAAAUGCGGGAAAAUUUAUAUUAACCAAUCAUUGGCUGGAAGUGGUUAAGAUCAAUGACUGACAAGUUACUUCAGAAUAAACGAGGUUUUCAAUUAUAAUUUAAUUUAUUUUACUUUUCAAAUUUAAAAAUAUGUCGCAUGAGCAAAAGCAAAUUUGUUUUAUUUUGAUGCUUAGGACGGUUUCACUAUACACUCAGGUUUUUUUUUACGCGGGGGAUACGAGCCGCGUAAAUGAAAACCGCGUAAAUUUCAAAAUCCGCGUAAAUGAAAACCGCGUAAAUUUCAAAAUCCGCGUAAAUGAAAACCGCGUAAAUUUCAAAAUCCGCGUAAAUGAAAACCGCGUAAAUUUCAAAAUCCGCGUAAAUGAAAACCGUGUAAAUUUCAAAAUCCGCGUAAAAAAAACCGCGUAAAAAAAUACCGCGCAAAAAAAACCGCGUAAAAAAAACUUGAGUGUAUACAUAUGUGCAGGGGAAAAUCAGAAUGAAAUGAAUCUUGCGUCGUUUUUGCAAGGCAAUUACAAUUUUGAACGAUUGCAGAAGCGUUGAAAUAUUUCACGGAUUAUGUCCCUUCAAUUUAUAAGAUCUCAACUUUACCUGGGGAGUAAUCCAUUUUCAUUACAAUUUAAGAAGUCACUAUAAUGAUUUUGCCAAUUUUUCAGUACAUAUCGAAAUUCGAUUGUUUUAACUAGAAUAUUAUGCAAAAAGUUUAGCUGUAAAUGUGGAAACGAUCGAAUGAUGUACACCGCAAAACAAGUUUUCGACGAGACGCCUCCGGAAAUUCACUGUCACUCGUCAAAUUUUCAGUAUCUUGCGAUGAAAUUUUGAGAAACUAAGGACUGAUACUAACAGCAGUCUCUCAAUACUGUCGGAAUCACGGUGGGAGCUUAGGGAUCAGAUAGACAUGUCUUCAAAGCAAAGGAAGCAAACCAACAGUGAGCUAUGUGGACAAGCAUCCCUUCAGAAUUGUGCCCUGGAGCGAGUUGCGUUGACCGACAUUGACAAGCGGUCGUACAAAUGCGAUAUAUGUAGCAAAUCAUUUAAUAAGGAGAGUAUUUUGAACAGACACAGAAAGAUUCACAGUAAUGAACAACCGCAAUGUGAGAUAUGUGGCAAAGGAUUCGUUCGGAAGUUUCACGUGGAGCAACAUAUGGCAACUCACACUGGUGAGCGACCAUAUAAAUGUGAUAUAUGUGGCAAAUCAUUUACACGUCAGAGUAAUUUAAUUUUGCACACACAUAUUCAUAGUAAUGAACGUUCGCAGAAGUGCGAUGUAUGUGGAAAAGAAUUUCUUCAUAAGCUCAACCUGAAGAAACAUCUGUUACGCCACACUAAUGAGCGACCGUAUAAAUGUGAUAUAUGUGACAAAGGAUUCGUUCGGAAGUCUCACGUGGAGCAACAUAUGGCAACUCACACUGGUGAGCGACCAUAUAAAUGUGAUAUAUGUGGCAAAUCAUUUACACGUCAGAGUAAUUUAAUUUUGCACACACACAUUCAUAGUAAUGAACGUUCGCAGAAGUGUGAUGUAUGUGGAAAAGAAUUUCUUCAUAAGCUUAACCUGAAGAAACAUCUGUUACGCCACACUAAUGAGCGACCGUAUAAAUGUGAUAUAUGUGACAAAGGAUUUCUUGAGAAUUCUCUUCUUCAGCAACACGUGUUAACUCACACUGGCGAGUGGCCACACAACUGCACGAUAUGUGGCAAAGGAUUCGUUAAGAAGUUUGAUGUAAAACAACAUAUGGUAACUCACACUGGUGAGAGACCGUAUAAAUGUGAUAUAUGUGACAAAUCAUUUAAACAUCAUAGUUACCUAAAUGUGCACACAAAGAAUCACAGUAAUGAACAAUCGCAUAAAUGUGAGAUAUGUGGUAAAGGAUUCGUUCAGAAAUAUCACGUGGAGCAACAUAUGGUAACUCACACAGGCGAGUGGCCGCACAAAUGCGAGAUAUGUGGCAAAGGAUUCGUUAAGAAGUUUCAUGUGAAACAGCAUAUUGUAACUCACACUGGCGAACGACCGUAUAAAUGUGAUAUAUGUGACAAAUCAUUUAAACGUCAAAGUUACCUAAAUUUGCACAAAGAGUAUCACAGUAAUAAACAAUCGCAUAAAUGUUGAGAUAUGUGGUAAAGAAUUCGUUCAGAAGUCUCACGCGGAGCAACAUAUGGUAACUCACACUGAUGAGCAACCAUUUAAAUGUGAUAUCUAGAGCUUUAUUCAAAACGCCAUAUCUACAAUGAGUGUCUCUCUUUGUUUACUUUCUCUUUGGAUUUUUACGGCGUCACUAUAACACUUUUCACUUAUUCUACAGUAAAGAUCGAAAGAUGGUGGUUUUGACUAGCAUAUUAUGCAGAGUUGAGGGAUAAAUGUUAAAGCAACCGAAUUGUUAACAGAAGCGAAAAUAGUGAGAAUCACUCAUUGUAGAUGUCUUUUUGAAAAAACGCUCAAGAUAUAUGUGACACAUCAUUGUUACAUCACAUAUCAAAUAGCAAAUCAUAAUCCUGCAAAAAAAAAGAAUUUAUAAUAUAAUAAUGGAUUGAAUUUAAUAAUAAAAAUAUU